GUUUGCGGAAGUGGCAUGAGCAUGGGGAAACGAGUGCAUGUUGUUGUUGGUCCAAUGCAACGUAGGCUAUUGGCUGCACAAGGCUGCGUCAUUUCCUGACAGAGGACGGUCAGAGGCGAGAGAGCCGCCAGUCUCCACUUUGUCGCUGUAGUAACGUCUAGAAGCGGAGACACCGAGCAGCCGGUCACCUCAACACUGCAACAGACGGAUAUAAAAACAAGACCAAGAAACAAGCGGCUGGAGUACACGUCGCUUGGUCCGUAUCACACUGCUGGAUAGAUAUUUUUGUGUACUGGUCGUCGUUCGGAACCAAAACCCGAGACCUGAGGAUGAACUCAUCGGGACGCCUGAGCGGGAGCGCGAAAAUAACUUUUUAUUUUCUUUUUCUUCGUUGUCAGAAAUAGCCUUUCUUUCUGGGCUGCGUGCGCAACAGUGGACCAAGUGCAAAGUCGUUUUAAGUUCUGGUGUUUUAUUCCGCCUUGUGGAGCUGUUUGGCGGUGAGGCGGACACCAGAGAAGCGGCGGCUCGGCAGCCACCUGACCUCCUGGAAAAUAAGACCGCAGCUAAUGACACGCAGGCUGAGAUCCGACGUGGCUCAUUACUAAGCUCUCCGACGGAGCUGGACGAGUUUUCCGCGAGGCUGCUGCAUGUCCAGUCUUGACGCACCUUUUCACACAGUGAAGUUUGCACAAUCCAAUUACUGAUAUCUAGGCAAAAUUAUGCAAAUUGCGAGUAAUAAGUGGAUCAUCUGUCAGAGCCUGGAUAGCAUGGAUAUAACCGGAGUGCACGUCCUCCAGCGGUCGUGAUGUCAAGCGCCGGUCAAAUCCAGUGCCACCAGCCCGUAAUGCCUGCUCUCUAACCCGCAUCAGUGUGGCGCCGUGUCCCGGUCACACUGCCAGAAUGAGCAGCACCGACCUGGAGCGCAUGUCCCUCAGCUCCUCGGCCAACUCGGUGGCCUCCAGCGCGCGGACGCUUUCGGCCAACGUGAGGAAGCUGCACAACGCGCUCAACCUCCUGCUCAACGACUUCGAGAGGGAGCAGUUCAUCCACUGCCUCAACGUCUACCACUCCAAACGCAACGUGUACGACCUGGUGCAGACCCUCAACGUCAUCCUCAACGCGCCCAGCAAGCGGCAACUUCUGCCCAUGCUGCGGUUGGUCAUCCCUCGCUCUGAUCAGCUUCUCUUCGAGCAGUACACCUCGGAGGGCCUCUACUUAAAAUCGGAUUUAGCUGCAAGCAACGGCAACGCCGAACCCCCACCGGGCGACUUCCCCAGGGCCAGCCCGACCCCCCCGGGGCAUUUCUCGCCAAACAACCCGUCCGAGUUUCAGGUUGCGCUGCGGGGCUCGCCGGACAGCUUCAGCACCAGCAGCGACGGGACAGCUCCCCUGGUGCCGCUGCUCGGGAGGAACUUUGUCCACGAGCCGCCGGGCGAGCUGCGGCAGGUCACCAUGAAGCGACACAAGAGCAACGAGGGCCUGGGCUUCAGCAUCCGGGGCGGCUCGGAGCACGGGGUCGGCAUCUACGUGUCCCUGGUGGAACCGGGGAGCCUGGCGGAGAAAGAGGGUCUCCGAAUCGGUGACCAGAUCAUGAAAGUCAACGACAAAGUCUUCGACAAAGUCACUCAUGCUGAAGCAGUGAAGGUGCUGAAGGGUAGUAAAAAGCUUUGUCUCUCUGUGCGUUCAGUCGGGCGGAUUCCAGGAGGCUAUGUCACCAACCAUGUUUACACCUGGGUUGACCCUCAGGGUCGGAGUGUGUCCCCUCCUCCUGACCUGCCUGAGCAUCGGAGCGCCACCCUGAGAAGAACUGACAGCCAGCGACGCAGCAACAUGCAGCUACUGCAGGAGGGAGACGAGAAGAAGGUCAACUUGGUUUUAGAUGAUGGCCGGUCUCUGGGUCUGAUGAUCCGGGGAGGAGCGGAAUAUGCUUUGGGUAUUUACAUCACCGGAGUGGACCAGGGAUCAGCAGCAGAGUGUGGAGGACUCAAGGUCGGCGACCAGAUCUUGGAGGUGAAUGGCCGCAGCUUUCUGAGCAUCCCGCACGACGAAGCCGUCAGGGUCCUGAAGUCGUCACGACACCUGAUGAUGACGGUAAAAGAUGUGGGCCGCCUGCCGCACGCCAGGACAGUGGUGGGUGAGACCAAGUGGAUCGCCAGCUCGCAGAUCGCAGAGAGCUCCGCCAACAGCAGCAUGGCAGGCUUCUCGGUGGACAAAGGAGCCUCUGCGGCAGGAAAGCCUGGGUUUUAUAAAGGCGUGGCGGGCUCACAGGUGACCCUGUCCAGCCUGGUGAACCAGUCGCGGGCCAUGCUGGAGGAGCAGGCGCGCCACUUGCUGACAGAGGCGGAGCGGCAGACCAUGGGCUACUACGUGGAGGAGUACCGGGACGGGCACAUCGGUGUGGAGCAGCUAGUCGUGGCGUUGUUCGAGCUGCUCAACACGCAUGCAAAGUUCUCUCUGCUGUCAGAGGUGCGAGGCCUGGUCACCCCACAGGACCUGGAGCAUUUUGACGGCCUGGUGCUGCGACGUGAAAUUCAGGCUCUGAAGGCGCGACAGGGGACAGCUGGAGCCACGGCAGUCCAACCAGACUCCCUGUCCAUUGUGUCAUACCCAGACACCCUGACCUCGUCUUCAGCCAGCUUCAUGACCAACACCACCCUCAGCUCUGCACGGAACGACAGCAUGGUGGAGAGUAAUAAGGACGUUCCUCCGGAGAGUCUGAACACGCUGCUGACCGACGUCUCUCUGGACGACGUACAGUCCACCACAGCUGAAUCUCCCCCCUCCUUCAAGCCUCCGCCCCCACCAGGGGUGCAGAGGCACACAAGUAGACGAGAUCAGCUCAACAAAUGCCCCUCGUCCGAAUCCUCCCACUCAGGCUUGUACUUCACAGCCCCGACCUCUCCCAACCACAGCAAAGACCCAGGGCAUGCCCCCGCCUCGCCCUCACUACACCACAAACGAGAACAUCCCAGGGACCCGUCUCGGGACUACGCGGCCAUCAGAAAGAGAAAUCCCUCAGUACCUUCAAAGAAAGAACAAAUAACAUCUGCUCAGUUGUCUUUGGUCACCCAGCACAACAUUGGCCCUUUCCCCAGGGUCCAGUCCCCCAGCAGAGGCACCAAACCUGCAGCCCCCUCUCCUUCACCUCCACCUCCACCUCCACUCCCUGCUCCUCCUCCUCCCCCUUCUCUGCCUCUUAAGCCAGCGUCCAUGUCCAAAGCCUCCUCUCCUGGUUCUAAACAACAGUUUGUUACCGUGGAGGUUCACAGGCCCAACGCAGAGCCCGACUUCAACGAGGUGCGGCCGCUGCCCCAAGCUCGAGGUGGCGCCCUGUCUCAGCUGUCAGACAGUGGCCAGACCCUCAGUGAGGACAGCGGGGUGGACAUAGCUGAGUCAGGACACAUCAGCAAAGACAGCAUCCCCCAUUCCUCACGCACACGCCACCCCCAAGACACCCCAGGGGGUGGGGGGGACAACCCCUCCAAACCGCCAGGGCUGUUGGAGCCCACCUCUACACUAGUGAGGGUGGCAAAGAGUGCCAGUACCCUGGGUAUUGCCAUUGAAGGUGGAGCCAACACUCGCCAGCCACUGCCACGAAUUGUCACAAUACAGAGGGGUGGUUCAGCUCAUAACUGCGGCCAGCUGAAGGUGGGUCAGGUGAUCCUGGAGGUAAACGGGGUUUCCCUGAGGGGCCGCGAGCACAGGGAUGCCGCACGCCUCAUCGCUGAGGCCUUCAAGACCAAAGAGAGGGACUACGUGGACUUCCUGGUGACCGAGUUCAAUGUGGCGCUAUAGCUGAGUGGAGAAGGAGAGAUGACGAGGGCAGCACCAAGAGAAGAAGAGUCCGAAGACAACAUGAGGGGAAGAAAUUCAAGCGUCUAUUGAUUUAAAUGGCACAACUCUUUUAGAUGGACAAAAAUUAACCACCAACUGAUCUGAGCCCUUCUUUCCCUUCAGUCUGAACACAUGAUACUCAUAUUUACAAGGUAUUACUUCUGCUGUGGACUUCGUUCAGGAUUCUCCUCAACGUGUUACCUCCCCACUGUGAGACCGUAUGCACUAAAAAUGGAAAGUAGUGAAACCUAUACCUUCUGUUUGUUCUCUCAGUGUUAAAACUUGUGGAUUUACAACCAUUUGAAACCCACUGGAACGUCUCGUAGCACUCCCACGUCCCAUGGUCAAUUUAUUUUAUAGAUUUUUUGCUUCUAUCUGAGAAACAACUGCACAUCUAAGACUAAUUCACGCUCGACUUUACAAGCUUGGAUUUGUAUAUGUAAAAAUGAACAAAUGUAGAUACAGAUGCAUAUAUACUGUACACAUAAAGAUACUAUAUAAAUUAUAAAACCCGUAACCUCUGUUGCAUCAUCAACAUAUAGUAAUAUAUUUCAAAGAUAAUGAUAAUUCAGGCUAUCCUGGCGAUACAGGAUUCUGCAAAUUUACAGUGAUGCAGUGAGGCCUGUCUGCGUAUUACCACCCUUUCACAAAAGAGGCUAACAAAGAUACGCAUCACAUGCUCAUAUGUGCUUGACUGAUCAGACAUAAAAAAAGACUGUACAGGUGAAUGACGGAAAACUUUGGGUUCCACACAAAUGCGCAUCAUUUCCUGUUUCCUUUCCACUUCUCCAUGUGUAUCUGUAUUGUUUGAGACUAUGUCCAGACUUAGCCAGCUAAAUUUGAAAAUGCUGUUUACGUGUGUCCACAAUACAAACAAUAAGAAGCAGCUAAAUCACUUCUUUUUUCUAUUUCCAUCGGCAAACAACACAUUUCUACAUCAUUGCCAAAACCUGGUAAGGAAUAGAACAGAGUCUGGUUACUCUGCUGAGUCUCAGCUGGUUAAAACUCAGUUCUGUCCCCUCCUGCUCUCAGUUAUCACCUACACUGUUUUAAUACAGCCGAUUUCACAAUUUAGUUGUUCUCAUUGACAUAUUUUUCUGUUUCUGUGUUCAGACACCUGAACAAGUAUAAAGUAAUGAUUUUAUUGCAGGUUGUAAAUGCUACCUGUUAACCAGGUAGCAUUUACAUUAACAUUUCCUGUGCUGCUGCUCUCAGACAUCAAUAAAAUCCCUGAUAGGUGCUCCUUGAACUGCUACCUGAGCAGCGACUUUGUCAGAAAUACAACAGAAGAGCAAUUGGUGGAUGUGUUUACAGUGCAGCCAAACAAACUCACAUGGUUUUAAUAAAGAAGUCAGUCAAUAAUUGGCCUUUUCCCAUCAUGCCAUGAACCACCGCAAUCUAAUUUCAUGCUGCACACAUAGCGAGUAGUUUUCCACACAGCAGCAUUACACUGACUGAGGCUACUCCUUGUUCCAUUGUUCCCUGCCAUAUUUAAAACUGAUAUGCUGUCAAAAAAAUGUCGAAAGUUGGCCGUUCUCAUGUUUUCGCUAACCUUGCUGACAAAAACAUUGCGUUCCUUUUGACUGCUUCACAAUAUAAGUCACCCCAUGUUUUGCCAGCUGAAUACUUUUAAUGUUAAGCAGCAAUAGGAAAUGUUCAGUUUGCAUUACCAGGCACUUAAUACACCUCUGAUACGACUGUAGGGGAGUGAACAGUGAGGCUGAUAUCAAUUAGAUAAAAUUAAAAACAGUAACGCUGGAUUAGCCUACAUGCUGCCUCGUUUUCUGUGACUCCCUCAUGCGCGUAGAGAUUGAAUCCAGUGCGGAAAUGGGGGACCCUGCCCCUAAUGAUCAAAACUAUAUAUAGAGAGAUGUAAUUACAAAAUUAAAUACAGUUAAUGGCUAUUGCUGAAAAAUGCCAGCCAUAAAUAGUAUCAAAAAUGGAGUUCAAUUUCAUGAAAAUCUUAAAGAUUAUAACUUUAAUGACAACACCUUCACUGUAGUUUCCUACUACAGACUAAAACACGAGGCUGUCGUGUUUUAGAUUUAUUCACUCUAGAGGAAUUUUGAAAAACUUAGUUUACAUGUAUCAAAAACGCUGGAUCAAAGAUAGGUUUUCAAAUUUGGCCAGCUCAGUGCAGAGGUACUCUCAGUGGGGAUAAAAUUCCUCAGUUUUUCAUCAGACCACUUAGCUUUUCUCCUGCUGCUCCCUUCGCUGAAUAACAAUUGAUGAUUUUAUUGUGUAAUUUCAUAGUUUUAAUUAUUUUCACCCUGGGGGGCUUGCUGAAACCACGCUCAGUGCAGCAAUUACGCCCAAGAGGGGAGUAAUGAGUCAUUUAGAGGACGACACUGCCAAAGAUUUUAGAAACACUCUUCCAAUGUGUGUGUGUGAACACGCACACAUAUUAUCCAUUUAUAGAAAAGCAAUUAGGAGAUAAGCAAUCAGGUAAGAGAAUGAGCGAGAGCGAGAGAGAGAGAGAGGAAAAGAGAGAAUGAGAGAGUAACUAAAGUAACAAAUGAGAUGUGAUUGUUGUUGUGGAGAUGAUUUGCUUCCUCUCAGGAAGAGUGCAUGCGUGGAGAGGAUGUACAGCAAAUAUCCUCCACGCGUCACUCCAGAGACUCACAUUAGGCUGCAGGUAGAAAUAUGAAGUAAUUGGAGUAAUUAAUCUAAGUGUUCUGUGCGUGGAUGUGUGUUAGGCAUGUGUUUAAUGUGAGUGGUGUUUGUCUGUCUGCAGUUAAUGGAUGAAAAGAGAAAAAAUAUGCUCAAAACAAGGAGACAUCAAAUAAAGACAAAUGUAAAUGUCAUCAAAGGAGUUGCUGUAUGAGACACAUAAGGAAGUGAAGCGGUAGUCUGGUAGUCUGGGCUUUUUGAAGAAUGCCAACAGAGCAGCUCUGUGAGAAAUUGCUACCAAACACUCCUGAAUCAUUCGGGUGAAAACUGAGGGAAGAGAACAACACAUUCAUGCUUUGUUUUUACAACAUAUCCCUGCUGUCUAUCUUCAAAAUGUCAAUGUUUAAUGAAUAAAAAACAAACGUUAGGAGUGCACGGGUAGGGUUUUUCAAAGUUCAUACCCGUAUAAAGUAAUGCCCAAUUAUGAUCCCAAGAUAUAUUUUUUGAUAGAAUCUAUCGAAGGCGAAAACCCGAUGAAACUUUGCAGGCGUUUUGUCUGUCGAAAGACCAUGUUUUGUUCUAUUGCUAGUAUUACAAGUGAGAAGUAAGAAAACUACAUCGCCGUCGCAAAAAAUUGCACGUAUCCGGGGCUUUAUGAAUCUGCUUCAUAAACAUACAAAGACAAGGGGGGAAAGGAGAGAGACUGGAGGAAAAUAACAUAAGGAACCGGAGUUCCUGGUGAGUUCAGAGAUCGCUUAGAGGCUGAACUGAACGCAAACACACAGGCACACUCCCACACACACAAAAAAGUAGUGUUUUGCUGCCCUCUCUGAUUGAAAGUUUCAAGCCUGUUUAACCUUUGACCACACCCAACAGUGAUGUCACAGGGCCCUGAAGAAAACAUGUACAUCAGACACGGAAUUCCUCCAUUCAUCUAAAAAUAUGUCAAAUUAGGCAAAUUUGAGUUACUGGGUUAUGUCCUAUUCAACACUUUGAGCAGAAUUAGAAUUUAGUUGUAAGUCAGAAAACUAAAAGGCCUUUCUGUGUUAACAUUUCCAACUGACAUUCUCCUAUUUUCAUGUAAAGUUCAUUUCAAAUGUGUUGUGGGCACAGGAACAGGAAACAUAUACAUGUUGUAACUAUAUAGAAGGACCAUUUGAACUUUCAACACAGGAAGUAAAAAAAAAUGACGAUGGCUGCCUUCAAAGCCAAACAGAGUUUCAUGAAUGUUUAAAUUCCCCUCUGCCUCACAGAGUGGAGAUUAAAGGCUGUCAGCAUAAAAGUAGUGACAUGAGACAAUUGACGAAGCGAAUCAAGAUGAGAUAAAUCCACUGUGUGACUGGUGUUUUGUAGAUUUUUAAAGGGCAACCUGCACCUGUAAAUCAGAAUACAAUUUCAAUAGUGAAGGCUUUAACAGUAAUUCUAGUCCUGUCGCAGGAUUUAUAUAACAUUUUGAUGUCCAUUAAUAAGUCAACAGGCUUGAUGAAAAGCUACCGUAUUAAACUCUAGCAUCAGUUUGUAUGUGAGGGAAACGUGGGAAAGCUCUCGUAUACAAAUAGUGUCCAAGAGGCUUUUGAGUGCAUCCAUUCAUUUGAUUUGGAGAAAUGUUCAAUGUAUGCAUAUGCAGGACGUGAUGCAAACUAUCUGGGAAAUAAUGUACUCACUGCAACCACUAACAAACUCAAAAUUCAGGAUGCAUCGGUGUGUGUUUUUCUCCAGUGUGUAUGUGUGUGAGACAGAAUGAGCUAGAUAAGAAGACAGAGAGCGAUAGAGAGACAUUCAGACAGAUGAGAGCUGGAGUGCGUCCUCUCAGUGGCAUUACUCUCCGUUAAACAAUCUAAUCUGGAAGGAAUCGCAGCCACACAGAUGGAGGCUUUUGUUUUCUGCAUUUAAACGUCACCCAUGGCACCUCCCUUCAGAGAGAGGAGCGGAGACGAGGAGGAGGAGGAGAAAAAAAAGAGUAUGUCCAUUGCCAACCUUUUGAUGGAAAAUAAUAAAAAUGUUAAAUCUGUCGAGUGAAAAGCACAUACUGAAUCUUUAAAUUAGAUUUUAUUUAGAUUCACUUUCUAAGAUCUUUCAAAUAAACUGAAGGAUAAAAUGUUCCUCUAUGGGUUGAGGGAAUUCUCCCGCUUCUGAGGCUAGUGAAAUCCUUUUAAAUGCCUUUGGAUUAACUCCAAAAUACAUUGCCACAAACAGGGCAAGGUAUCAUUUGAAAAUGUUCAAUACCAAACUUAGUUUCUGUACUGAUACCAAAAGAAUACUUACUACCUUUCCAGGAAUAUAAAGAGGUUUUCCUAUGAAAGCCUUUUUUCAUUUAAUGGAUAAGGCAAGUAUAUUGUCAUGUCAUGAAAAUACUCAAACCAACAAUGUGUUAGUCUGUCUCUGAAUACUUUGUGACUUCUCUACCCUGUCUGUGGCUCUCAGUCUCCAGCCCAUUGCUUCCUACUGAAGACGUAAAUCUUCAAAAAAAGAAUCUCAAAUAUAUAGUAUAGCACAUAGUUUCAUUUUAAAAAAAGGCUGCGUGCUCUAGUGAGUAUUUACAGCAGCAGGAUGGUGUAUGUGGGAUUGACUCAAGAUAAACUACGGUGUGUGAGUUCUUUAUAAUGAAGGAACAUGUCACCCGGUGCAACAGUGUGGCACAUUUACGUGUUUUCAGUAGUUUUUAGACAGCAAUGGAGCUCUGUGGCACAGAGGAAUAAGAUAUAUCAGGCUUUGGAUACACAGACAGUACUUGUUAGCAGGAUCAAUUCAUUGUUGUUUUUUGUCUUUCCAUGGGAUUUGUUGACAAUAAAAAAUAUAUAAUAAUCUUAUCCUUUAACAAAAGAAGCCAAACAUCCCAAAUGUUAAAUGUUGUCCAGCCAUAAGCAGCCACACAACAACUUUGCCUAAAUAAAGUCUUAAAUUGGGAGACUUAUCAUUUAUUUUCCAAACUGUGUCAUCAAAGAAUAAAUAAAGAAGAGUACAUUUCCGACCAGUUUUCUCAAUGCUAGGGGCACAUUUUGGACAGUACCAAAAAAGUAUUAAAGAAUAAUACCAAGCCCUUAUAAAUCUUCAAACAAAGCUGAUUUCCAGUAAGACAAGUUGAGAUACAUGGUUUUCACAUAACUGCCACGAAAUAUGGACUGAGGGCAGGUUACAGUUGCAAGCUUAUUUUAUCAUUUUACUGAAGUCACUGGUUCGAUCUCUGCAACAGCUACAUGUGUCCAUUAAUGCCAAAGUUGACAAAGACACUGUUCCCCUCCCUGCUGCUGGCUGUACCCUGCUCAGGUGACAUGUAGAUCAAUGCAAACAUGUUUCAGAAAAAGUCAAAUGUGAAAAUUGAUAAAUAAAGGUCUACAGGAAGGAAGCAACAGCCAUCGUUAUGUUAACCAUACAUUUAUUUAUUUAGACAUUUAUAAACCAUGUUAUAACUGCAGAAUCAUCCCUCCUCAUCACAAAAACUUUUCGUGAGUUAACUCCAUCUUGUAGACACAUGUCAAUAGUGGCUCGGCCUUCUCUUUGACCUGAUAUUAAAGGGCCAUCCAGGAGGGAAGGAUGAUGGAGGGAAGCGAUGGAAGCUGCUGACAGUCUCAUUUAUCAGACGCCAAGACAGAGAGGUGCUGGCCUUGGCUCAGACAUGAGACACGACAGCUCAGACAUUGACUUGUUGCUCGCUCUGUAGCAAGGUGUGGCCACUGCCACCGAACCACUGCUUCCCCACAAAGUUCAGCCUCAUAAACCAACCAACACCACUUGUUGACUCUAUUGAUAAUGUUCAUUUGUUCCACUGAGUGUGCCUCCUGCUUUAUUAGCUGCACAAGUUGAUUUUCUUGGUGUUCAUUUUUCCACCCUUCAGCUUCCUCCUUUUGCUUUAGUUUCCCUGUUAGUCGGUGAGUCCAUCUGUCUUUUUGCCUGCUUCCUGCACAUUUUAACGAGGAGUGUUGUACAACAACAUGCUAUUUAUACAGAAAGUGUGUUUAAUUUUUCAAUAAAGAUAACUACACAAAAACUA